ACGGGCUUAAAGGUUUCUUUAUUCUGAUUGAUUAAUGCAAUGCUUCGAAGCAUUUCUAGCGUCUUCUUGACCGCAGCCAAUAAUUGAAAUUUGAAAUAUACAUGUGACACGUGACUGAAGCGGGACAGCGCGACAGCGUCUGCUACCGCUUGUUAUGCAUGCGCGAGAUUUUAAUAUCGUAAGACUAGUCUCAAAAAUGCAAUUCACGACAGAAAUCUGUGAAUUAGAAGUGGCAAACUCAUAAAAAACUGUCAAAAGAGAAGAUUAGUUUUAGAAGAGUCGCUCUCAAGUAUAUUAUCGCAAGAAGAAAUCAACGUAUUGGAUAUUUUUAUGUGGUCCAUGUAAACAGAUAAUUCGUGAUGAAAUUGUAUUGCUUAUCGAGCGAGCCAACAAAACCAUGCCUGGUUCUAAGCUUCAAAGGAAUCACAAUGAUGUUGGAUUGCGGUUUAAAUAUGCAAUCCAUUUUGCAUUUCAUGCCCUUGCCGAUGGUUCCUAGUAGCAAGUUUAAUUCCUUGCCGACAUGGUUUCCGCGCGACAAUCAGCAAGAUUGGCAAGUCGAAGGAGAGCUAAAGGAAUGUUGCGGUAGAGUGUUUGUGGAUUCGGUUCCAGAGUUCUCCCCUCCUCUGGAGAAAAUAAUUGAUUUCUCAGAGAUCGAUGCUAUUCUAAUAUCAAACUACACCUGUAUGCUUGCACUGCCAUUUAUAACGGAAGGCACAGGUUUCAAAGGUAUAAUAUAUGCCACCGAGCCGACGUUGCAAAUCGGACGAUUUUUUAUGGAAGAAUUGGUAGAAUUUAUCGAGCAGACCCCGAAAGCGACAAUGGCCAAACAUUGGAAGGAAAUGUUGCAUAUGUUGCCACCUCCAUUGGCGGAUGUUAUUAAACCAAAAUCUUGGAGGCAUAUCUAUUCCAUAUCGGCCGUGAAUUCGGCAUUAUCGCACAUCCAGAUGGUUGGAUAUGAUCAAAAGCUGGAUAUAUAUGGCGCUCUAACAGUUACGCCAAUCAGCUCGGGUUAUUGUUUAGGUAGCAGCAAUUGGUUGAUAUCCUGCGACCAUGAAAAGGUUGCUUUCGUCAGCGGGUCGUCCACGUUGACCACUCAUCCGAGACCUAUGGAACAAGCCACACUGAAACACGCUAAUAUGUUGAUAUUAACAGGCUUAACGCAAACACCGACUGCUAAUCCGGACACAAUGCUUGGAGAAUUAUGUAUGACUGUCGCUGUGACUCUUAGGGCCGGUGGAUGCGUUCUGAUACCUUGCUAUCCGUAUGAUUUAUUCGAAUGCUUAAGCACUCACUUGGACAAGUCAGGCUUCACACAGGUUCCUCUGUUUUUCAUCUCACCAGUGGCAGAGUCGUCCUUGGCUUAUUCGAACAUCCUGGCCGAAUGGCUGUCGACAAAUAAGCAAAACAAAGUUUAUCUUCCAGAGGAACCGUUCCCACACGCUUUCCUCGUGAAGAACGCGCGAUUGAAGCAUUAUACGUCCACGUACGCCGAGGGAUUCAGCAACGACUAUCGACAACCGUGUGUAGUUUUCUGCGGCCAUCCUAGUCUUCGAUUCGGUGAUGCUGUGCACUUUGUGCAGUUGUGGGGCAACAAUCCCCUACACACUGUCAUUUUUACUGAGCCAGAUUUCCCGUAUUUGGAUGCCCUCGCUCCGUUUCAACCAUUGGCUAUGAAAGCGGUGCAUUGCCCCAUCGACACCUCCCUCAAUUUUACUCAGGCUAAUAAGCUCAUACGGGACCUGAAGCCGGAGCAUCUAGUUAUUCCAGAGGUUUAUACACAACCUCCUUUAACGGCACCGCAUAGAACGGAUCUCGUCAUCGAAUCCGUCGGAGAAAAACCCUUGAUUACGUUUAAACGUGGGGAAGUGAUAAAAUUGCCGUUAAAGCGAAAGAAGGGUCGUGUGUUUAUCGAGCCGGAAUUAGCUAGUAACAUCGUACCGAAUGAAGUGCGACCCGGCUUGAGUCUCGCUUCCGUUACCGGAGAGCUUGAAGUCAAGGAUAAUGUGUACACCAUAAAGAGUAUAGAAGAUAGACCGAGCGGAAAAAGGAAGGCGCCGUCAGGUUCGCCCGCGCCCGUCAAGGAAGAAGUGCUAAAGGAGCGGAAACAUGAAUACGGGAUUCUUGAUCCGCAGGAGUUACUGCAGAAACUCAAUCAAGAGGGUAUUCAAGGUGCCAAAUUACAACACAGUCCUACAUCCACGAGUAUUCAUUUGCAAGAUGAAGACACUCUUAUUCAGAUUGGUGACAACUCCACGCACAUUUUCUGCAAUGGUGAUCAAAAGAUCCGUAAACGUCUCAGGACUAUAAUAAUGCAGUGUCUGAAAAGAUUUUGAGGUAUGAUAUACGCUUACAGUAUUUCGACAUCUUGUGAGACAAUGUUUUAUACUGCUAUAUAUAUAUAUUAUAUAUAAUUUAUUGUUUUAAAAUAUGUAUAUAUUCAUUCUUUCAUUUACACUUUAUCCCACCAUAUUAAUUUAUCAAUAAUUUUUAUAUCAAACUUAAUAAUUUUUAGAUUGGUUAUAGUAGGAAAAAGCUUUCUAUCAUCUAAAUACUGUUGAAGUAAGGUUUUUAAGUAUAUUAAUCACAAUACUUUUUGCAGACAUUACUAAUAUAUGUUUAGAAAUAAUUUAAUAAUUCUUUUAUAUAGAUAAAUUAAGUUACUGUUAUCUCUAAAUCACUACUAUGACAAGCAUAACUAGUAAAAUGAAUGACUGAAUAUAAAUAACUAAUUAAAUUUGCAGCAAACAUCGUUAAAUAAUUUUUAUUUGAGAUGUGGUACAUAUGUACUAAGAUAUUUGUAUAAGAAAGAGUAUAUAUAAACAACGCGAUGGAAAUGUAGAUCGAUUAAGUGUAUAAAUAACAGGAAAAGAAAGAGUCGCGAUUCUUUACAAUAAUAAGACAGGUAUAGUAUAUAAUAUAAUACUAACAAUAGGUUUAUAUCUCCUAAGAUGACUAAUUUCUUGCUGCAUUCUGAACGAACAAGAAAUCUCUUUAUUGUUUUAUACACACACAUCAUCUAUACUUCUGUAUUCGCACAUGUCUUGUGUGCAAAUGGAAACAGUAAAAUUGAUCAAGAUUU